UUGAAGAAACACGAGGUUUUGGAGAGUUCAGUGUUGUCCCCUCGUGGUGUGUCUCCCGUUGUACACACGCGCGAGUACGCCGAGCAUGUGUCGAUAUCAACAUCUGGGACGGGCGCGCUUCCCGGUGACGUGGGCGGGUCGUGACGCACCGUGGUACAGCUGUUUGGACCCACUCAGCUGGAUGUGGUGUGACUCACCCGACCGGUUCCACGGGCUCCCGGUAAAAGAGGCAAAGCCACCCAGUCACGAGACCUUGUCCUUCCCCCUUUGUGUUUGUCCAAGGCUGGGACACCGUGUGAGUGGAUACUUAUGGUUGUUGGUACAUUAUUACUCAGUUUUUUUAUUUUUUAUUAAGCGGAAAUAAGUUUGAGGAAGACUUAAACUUUACUUUAGGAAACCAGGACACAAAGGAAUAAAACCUUUUGAAUAAAACCACACGAGCGACUGAGCUCAAGAUGUAAACUCCUGAUGGAUCUUAUCUGCGAUCCGUGUGGACAUCAAGGAGCAGCGAGCAUCAGCGAGAGCUUCCUCACCGUGAAAGGCGCCGCCCUGUUCCUCCCCAGGGGGAACGGCCCCGCGGCCAACUGCGCGCCUCGCACCAGCCAACGCAGGAACAAGCACACAGGUGACCUCCAGAAACAUCUUCAGACCAUGUUCACGGUGCUGCGGCCAGAGGACACCAUCCGACUGGCCGUGCGCCUGGAGAGCGCCUACCCUCAGGUAACCCGCUAUAUGGUGGUGGUCUCCACCAAUGGGCGACAGGACACGGAGGAGAGCGUCGUGCUGGGCGUGGACUUCGUCUCCUCCGACAGCUGUACAGUCGGGCUGGUUCUACCUCUCUGGAGUGACACUUUGAUCCACCUGGAUGGAGACGGGGGUUUCAGUGUUUCCACGGUGAACAGGGUUCAUGUGUUUAAGCCGGUUUCUGUCCAGGCCAUGUGGUCGGCCCUGCAGUCGCUGCACAAAGCCAGCGAGGUUGCCCGCUGCCACAACCACUACCCGGGCUCCCUGUUCCUGACCUGGGUCAGCUACUACCAGAGCCGCGUCGCCUCCAACCAGGUCUGCGUCAACGAGUGGAACGCCAUGCAGGACGUGGAGUCGCACCGCGCCAACUCCCCAGUCCUCUUCACUGACCUACCCACGGAGGGAGAGCGCACGGAGCGGCUCAUCAGGAUGCGCCUGAGAGAGAUCAUGAUGCAGAAGGACCUGGAGAACGUCACCUGUAAGGAGAUCCGAACGGAGCUGGAGAGGCAGAUGGUUUGUAACCUGAGGGACUUCAAGGAGUUCAUAGACAACGAGAUGAUCACCAUCCUGGGACAGAUGGACAGCCCCACUGAAAUCUUUGAACACGUCUACCUGGGCUCUGAGUGGAACGCCUCUAAUCUGGACGAGCUGCAGAGCAGCGGAGUGCUCUACAUCCUGAACGUGACCAGGGAGAUAGACAACUUCUUCCCGGGGACGUUUCAGUACCACAACAUCCGCGUGUACGACGAGGAGGCCACCAACCUGCUGGAGUACUGGAACGAGACCUACAAGUUCAUCACCAAAGCCAAGAAAGCCGGCGCCAAGUGUCUGGUCCACUGCAAGAUGGGCGUGAGUCGCUCCGCCUCCACGGUCAUCGCCUACGCCAUGAAGGAGUACGGCUGGGACCUGGACACCGCCUUCGAUUACGUCAAAGACAGGCGCGCCGUCACCAAGCCCAACCCCGCCUUCAUGAAGCAGCUGGAGGAGUAUCAGGGAAUUCUGCUGGCCAGCAAACAAAGGCACAAUAAGCUCUGGCGCUCGCACUCCGACGGCGAGCUGUCGGACCGCCCGGAGUCGACUCGCAAAGCCUCGUCGCUGGGCCGCUCCGACUCCCACAACGGCAACGCCUCCUCCCCCUCCUUGCACCACUUCCUGGGCGUGGCCGUGCUGCGGGCGCUGGGCGCCGGGGACUCGGAGGAGGUCGGAUCCGGCCCCCAGCGGCCGCUCCCCCUCCCCCGGGCAGCCACCGUCGUCCCGGAGGCGGGGCCGGACAACUCGACCAGCGUGUCCGUCGCGGUGCCCGUCGCUUUGCCCCACCCUGCUCCGUCACUCCACAUCUCACCCCCCACCCCUGAACUGCGACGCGCUCGCCGCAGCCCCCCCUCGCACCUGUCGAUUCCGGCGCCCAAACGCACGCCGCUGGAGCUUUGCCUCAAUCCGCCCGAGCGGAGCAGCUCGGAGGAAAGCUCGGCUCUCGCGCCGGGCUCCGCCGACUCGGACACUCCGGACCAAUCGUUAUCGGACGUUACGGGUGACGGGCGGAGCCCCCCCGGGCCCGUGAGCAGCCCGCCCCGCCGCCCGGUCCUCCUCCUCCUCGCCGCCAGCAACAACAACAACAACAACCACGACGACGACGACAACAACAACCCCGGCGAGGCGAGGACGGGCCGCGGCGAGGCCGACGGGUCGUCCAGCCACAGCGCCGACAGCAUCGACUUCUUCAGCGCCAGGGAGAAGUUCCUGGGCUUGGCCCAAGAUGGCCGCCCGCGGACGCCUUCUGAGCAGAGGACGACGGCGUCCCCCGAGGAGAGCGAAGAGGCCGAGGUCAGGGAGGAAGAGGAGCAGGGCUGCGGGAGCACUCAGUCCGACCGAACUCACCAUGACAACGGGGUAUCGGUCCGCCAUAUUGUCACCGAGAUCGAAGCCAUAUGCCACCCCACCUCCGGCCUUCCUCCCGCCUCCCCUCCGUCCCUCCCGCCGCCCCCCCACGGCCCCGAGCCCAUCCGACCAGAGCACCGGCCGGAGGCAGAGGCCCCCGAAGCCCCGCAGGGCCCACUGACUCCGCCUCCCCACCCGCAGUGCCCCUCCAUGCUGCCGAGCGAUUGGCCGGCGGGCUCGGUGCGGCGGGCCACCGAGCAGCUGGAGCAGAAGCUGAAGCAGGAAAUGGAGAUGGCCGCGUCCCAGCGCUCCCCGCUGCACUCCCCCAGCGGCGAGCAUCCUCCCCAGCCGCGGGUCACCCAGGGCGGGGUCGCGCGGGGAGAGGCCGCGGCCGCACCCGCCGACCCCCUCCCAGACCUGCCGCGCCCCCCCGACUCGAGCGCCGGCCGUGUCUCUGCGGCGCCACCGACCACUGAGCCACCAGAUGGCCGCGUGAUGACAUCAUCACCCCCCGUAGAUACCUCAGCCCAAAGACAAACCCAAAUGACUCUGGAGGGGGCGACCGUGCAGGAGUCGGACGCGGACCAGAGGCCGGAGCCCGGCUCGCGGGGGGCCUGCGGCGCCGUCUGUGAGGCCGGGAGGCGGCUGGCUCGUGGCAGCCAAGAGCUGGAGAAGAUUCAGCAGACACUGAGGGAGCUGCAGGCUUUCCUCCACGAGGGGACGGCGGGGCCGCCCCGGGGGGGGAGGGACACCAUGGACACCGAGUCGGAACCUUGCGAAGGGCGGAGUUCUGAACAGCCCGCCCCGGGCCUGGAAGGAGGACAGCGGCGCCGCGAGAGACGAGAGGGGAAGAGCUUCCGGGAGCCGAUGGGGUGGCGCAGAGCCACGGCGCUGGAGGCCCGUAUCCGCCAGGCGGGCCUCACCCCCCCCUCGCUGAUGAAGAGGUCGGCCUCCCUGGCUAAACUGGACUGUCUGGAGCUGUCGGCCAACGACCUCAGCGACCUCGACCUGCGGACGCACGCCAGGACGCCGAUGGCGUCGCAUUCCCAGGACUCUUUCUCGCCGUGCGCGUCGCACCCCGACGACUCCUGGAAGAAGCAGAAGGUGUUGGCUCGCGGCGCCCCCCCCCAAAAGACGGCGCUCUCCCACGGCGGGGGCGGGGAGGCCGCCGAGUCAUCGUCGUCGCCCUCCCUGCGCUCCUCCUCCCCUGCGGGCGAGAGGGAGGAGCCGGACGGGAGCGGCGGCGGCGGCGGCGGCGGCGCUCCGGCGCGUCAGCAGGGGCGGGGCCACUCGUCGAGGCGAUGCCGCAAAGGCUCCGGCGAGAAAAAGCAGCGGGCCGCCGUGUUGUACAACACCAUGUGAACUGGAAACACGGCUGGAAGCGGUGCACACGCGUGAUGUGUGUGAAUGUUGUAGCGGGUGAACUGGAGGACACGCACACGGACGUUUGCAUGUAAACACUGGAUGUGUUGUUUCAACUGUAGCUCAUGUUUGUAUGUGCGGGCAUGAAAUAUGAAUGUGCAAAUGAAAACUGAAGCGUGUGCACACACGCUAUGCACACGUGUGUGCGCUCUGUCAGGAAGCGUUUGGUUUUUGGUGUUUGACCCACACUUCCUGUUCAGAGCUUCUACAACAAGAGGGGGCGCUGUUCUCCAAACAAGCACUUUACUGUUUCACUGAUUUAGUUUUAUUUGAAACCCGGGAGGAUUCUUUUUGCACUGAUCUCGGUCGACUUGUUUUUGUAAAGCGUGUUUUCUUCAUUCAGAUUUUAAUUGAACCAGGACAACGCUGACGCCUUGGUUUUUUCUUUUUUUUAAAUUAAAUGCUUUAGCAUUAAAUAAACGAGUUCGUUUUAACCGCUGUGUUGGUGCUUUGUGUCCACGCGUACAUUUUGAGGAGGAAACGAAUGAGGUGAGUAUUGACUUCACUGCCGCCUGCAGGCCGAGCAGAGAACUACAGCUUCCAACCAGUGAAACGAGUUGAAAUGUGUCACGUGACCUUUAUGAUGAAGGGUCAUUUCUACCCGUCACGUCUCCUUGGCGCUCGCACAGCUUAUUCCAGGCCGACAUUUCACCUCCCGCUUCAUGUGGGUAAUUAAACACUGAGAUGUAGGCCACCGGGCCCCGCUGUGACAGACCCCCCCACUGCACCACAGGGUGAGAUUUACAGACUAUUAUUAAGAUGUUUAACCUUCUCUUAACUGUGGUGGCAGUUAUUAAUGUUGUUGGGGGGCAUUUUUGUUUUAGAGACUUAUCAGGAAACAUUUAUUAUCUAAAUGUGUCAGAGGAAUCAAAUAAAACAUAAGGCUAUGGGUUAGUUUAAAAAUAAAGUGCACCAGCGAACAGAUACUGAGUCUACACAACCGUGAAAGACUUUUUAUACUCUACAAGAAGUUCAUGACACGCUGGACUCUUGCUUUUGAAGUGUGACAUUCUAUUCUGAUGUUCUUUAUAGUAGAACUUGCUGAACCAAACGUUUUCUGACUUGUAGACGACGGAUGCUACUUUGUUUUAUGACAUGUUGACUUUUUAUAUCUUUUAUUCAGACAUGCUUUACUGUGACUUUAUUUAAUUAAACCAACUAUACUAUGA